AUGUUUGUCGUAGCUAGAGGACUUCUAGAAGAUCAUAAUGGAAAUUGGAUCGUUGGUUUCACAAGGUAUUUGGGUAAUUGUGAAGUUAUUGAUUCAGAGUUAUGGGGUAUCCUUGAUGGGUUGCAAAUUGCUCUUGAUUGUGGCUAUCGGAAAGUCAUCAUUCGGAUUGAUAAUCUUGAAGCUAUUAAACUUAUCCACGGAGUGAGUAAUGGUUCUAAUUCUGCCUUAGUCAGGAGAAUACUUUUACUUUUGAAGCUCCUGAGUCAAUGGAAUAUUAAUUUUAUACCUGGAGAAGAGAAUAAAAUUGCGAAUAAGAUAGUCAAGCUUAGGCGGGAUAGGGAACCGCGUUUGCGAUUGGUUGACAAGGAUUAUGUGUUGAGUUUUUUUAAUAUCUGA